CGAGGAGCGGAGCGGAAGGAGGCGAGCAAGCAACGGCGAAGUAGCAACACAGUUGUGGGUCCUUGUUUGUUGAUCCAUCUCCACCCCCCUCGCACUCUACUCAACUCGUUUGGUUGUGAUGUCAGUUCAAGACUUCUCCUUCCUUUCCUGGGGCGUCGUGUUCGCGCCAAGAAGGACACUCCGAACGUUCCGUGAACAGAACCGCACCAAAAACACAAAAAAUGAGUCAGAAGAUGAAGCUUGGUGACAUGCGACAACUUGUUCGCGACAACCUGCGCCCCGCGGACAGCGACGUCGCUCCAUAGUUUUAUUUGUCCCUCCAAGGGUGGUCACCUUCUCCUAGUCCUACUCCUAGCUGAGCAAAAUGGAGGCUUCGACGUCCAAACGACAGACAAACUGCUCGAGAAGUAGCUUUGCCUCAUCUUCUUGCCGCAGCUUUGCUUUCGUUUGUCUCAUUUCCCGACAGGCACUACUACGCGGCGGUCUAAUAUCACUUCCACUGCUCCUCCUCCUGCUGGAGAGGUUGAAAUGCUUCGCGGCCGGAGAAGUAGCCGCAGCAUCAACUUCAACUUCUGUGGGACUUCUGGAUAAGGGUAAACAAGAAGAAGAACAACCACAGGAAGUCGACGGGCCCGGAGGUGGUCGUGGCGGACGAGCAAAAAGCACGACUACUCGCUUUUCCGCGGCGCCAUCUCGCCCCUCUUCGAGGAAAAAUGACCGACAGGGAGACGAUGAUGUUGACGGCGAAAUGAUAAAUACAAAUUCACGAGGACGAGACAGCGACGAGAACGGUUCUGCCCUUCAAGAAGAAUCAGCAGUGGAAUUCUUGCAUACCAGCGAUACUCCUCGUUCAUCCGUUGGCCCUCCACCUUUCGCUGGGUUCAGUUCUACUCCACAAAGCUUCGCGCGUGUGGUUACCGUUGACCACAAAGGGGCCAGCAGUAGUACCGAACAACGCCAACAACAAAAAGGAGCUUCUUGGGUGGAGAUAGAAAAUGAAGACGAACAUCACAUCAAGCAAAUUAUAACGAAGGGAGGAUAUCAGGAGCCCGAUGCUUUUCUUCAAACACCCAACAAGCGGAUCAAAGCUCCAUCGACGUGCAGCGACGAGAUCUGCGAUGCUGUGAUUCGUGCGAAUCCACUGGCGGAGCGGCUGCGGCGCGCCAACGCACAGCUUCUUGCUCGGCCGCAUACAUACGCAAAUGGUGCAAAUGGCCCGUCGGCAUCGUCGAAAAAGAUCAGUCUGCAGCUGCUAAAUUGGCGCCUCGAUUGCCCCUGCGAGCUCGAAAGGCGGGACGAGGAAAAUCAAAAUGACGCGACAGCCUAUGCCUGGCCGUCCUCGCAGGUGUCGGGCGACGCAGCGGACGUCGUUGCCGCUACAGACGGAACAAUGUCGAGUGGGAGUACUACUAAUGGACGCAGUGCGAUGAAUGGUCAAAAUUUGACCCGCGAAGCGGACCGCCAUGAUGAGCAGGGAACUUCCUCCCGAUCGGACGCGUUUUGCCGGCCUGAAUUCCUCGAGACGUUCAAGAUUGCCAGCGUCUUCUCCACGAACCGAGUGGGUGGCUCUCGACAGGAUGACGAUGGCGAUGACGGAGGUCUUCGCGCCAGCUAUGAGAGUGCACAAGAACGACAGCUUCCCUGCUUCCGCAGCAUGUGUAAAAAUUAUAAAUUCCAAAUCCAUUGAUUGUUUAUUGUUAGGUGGAAGAGGAAUUGUCUGCCUCUGCGUGAAGUGAGUGUGAGUCUUAAAUUGUACAGAACAAUUUCAGAGGACUCACACUCACUUCACGCGGAGUGCCGCGCUCUUCAGCGAUUGCAGUACUACUGCAAUUGGUGAUGUGCAGACGAUUUUUUACACGGAGCCCAAAUUUCAUCUGCCGUUGCUUGUGUUGCUCCUGAUCAUGGCCUUCAAAAGAGGGGAAGGGUUGGUUAUGCACUCUCAUAACGGCGCAGGCUCUGCCUCACUCGCAGUUCUUCGCGGCGACCAGCCUGACCUGCGACCGAGGUGCCUCUCCGCGGGCCUCUACGAUCGGGAUCGGGAUGCUCUGAUUAACAGAAUCGGAAAGGGUAUGGCAGUGUCGGGUUCGAAAUCGACAAGGUUGAAAGAGUUUGCAGCGUAUAGUAUUUGAUAUUGUAGCGACACGACCAGUAGUCGAAGAACCCGCAAGCUCUAGCUGAUGGCGCAUGAUGACAAAUGAAGAUUUAUUUGCCAGUAGCGAAGUGCAAAAAAAGGAAAAGGAGUGUUGCUGUUUGAUGCUUGCUGUUUGGGCAAAAAAUGCUUUUUUUGUCGUACUCUUGUAGCAGCUCUAUCUGCAACAUCAUCACACAACCUCAAACAGGCUUAUCGCAGAAUCUUCCUGAUUUGCCUGCUCGUGCUCUUCAAGAAAGGCACCCUUUCUACUGUGUGCCCGUGCCCCGCAUAAUUUUGUGCAUUGCAAAUUGUUUACUGUGUCGCCCAUUUCAAACCAGACACUUCCAUACAGGGAGAGCAGUUUUUUGUCGCCGUGGACGAGCAGGAGGCGCAGAUAGUGGCAAGAAAGUACUUGCGAGCGAUCAAGCGCACGCCAUUCGCCAAAGAUGUGCUCGCAAAGGCUCCCGCUUCGUGGUCUUCCUUCAAUGGCCUGAUCUGGGAACGUCCACGACAUGAAUACAAGUACGAUCCGCCGUAUGAGAAGGAGAGGUAUUACGCGAUGGAGAACUCCUCGCUGCAGUCUUGGCUAUGCUCGGUAAAAGUAUCGCGACACUUACACUUUUAGAAGUAAAGCUAAAAUUUACACUGCAGUAGAGUUGUAGUUCUUUAUGUAUGUUGGGCUUGGGCUCCUUAGAUGCAUCUGGAGGUUUAGAGGUGGCGUUUGCAGCAAGUGCUGACGAGUUACCUAAUAUGAAAUAAUCAGACUUAUCACGCCAGACUGACUGCACAAAAUUGCACGAGUGCGAUACUUUUGCGCGGCAUAUUGGUUCCACCACGACAACUCCACAGCUUCGCCCGACCAAAUAAAAACGCGGCAUUGCGGAAGAUCGUGGUCGGACGAUAGCCAUAUCUUUGAGCAAUGGCUUGGCCCUUUCGUGCGUAGAGCCACUGUCUUAUUGAACGCGUACAUCGGUCAGCUCUUCCUCUGCCAUUCGCCCUCAGUUUCCCAACGCGCACUGGAGCUGGCGAGACCUCCAAGCGAUGACCUGGGUUUUCCAACACCCUGGUCGCUCACCGGUGUGGCGAUUUACCAUGUGGUCUCGGCGAUUCUCUUCACGAACGCGCAGCUGGCUGGCGUGAAUUUCCUGACCCGGAAGGGGAUCGAGUUAACCGGAGGGGAGCGGGCACAGAUGGCGAAUGAAACGGUGGGGACCGACAUCCAGUCGACCACGACGUCCCUCCGCAAUGAUGAAAAAACGAAUUACGCUGAGCUCCAGCGGAAGUUCGUUGCAGUGUCUGCCCCCGUGUCCUUUCGGAUGCAUGAAUGCAGCGGAGACGAAAGCGUGCGUCUGUGGGAUAUGGCGAAAGAGUACGCAAACAAGAACGCUAUCCGAGUGCACAACAAGGACAAGAACUCGAGCGCGUUGCUGCCUCCACUAGAAGCAUCGUCGGGGGUUUCGAAACUUAUCAUGCUGUAAAAUUAAAGAUGCAGAGCGCCAAGAAAUAAAGGGAUGACUUUAUGUACUCAAAUAACAUAAGUGGCGCAGAGAAUGUCUUCCGUUUCUUCUAUUCGACUUCGGUAUUUGCGUCCAACGUGACCACAUAUGAGGUAGAAGGGUGUCGGGGGGUCGGGUUGUGCACUCUCAGACACGCGGGUCUCAAGCCCCAUGCCUACGCUGGUCGAUUCUGGUGGUUGACCAGGGAGGAAAGCGCCGAUAUCAUGAGGAAAAACGUCUUUCACAGCCCAUACCCAGCAUGAAAAUAAAUAUAAAUAUCUGCGGCUGGAAGAUCAAGACCUAGCCUCCCACUUCCCUCUGCACGUUCGCCACGAUCGCAGAUCCAUGCUGAAAAGAGCCGCGCGGGAGAUGCAUUCCGCGGUAGAUUUUUUUCUGGGUAUUAUGCAAAUUCGCAUGACAAAUCGAAUUCGACACUGGGGGUGGAGAGUCAUACCUACGUUUUUACACAGCAUAGCGGACGCCACCGAGAAGCUGCGGACCUACAUGGGGCCGGGCACCCUACCAGUGUUGGUCUUGGGGGAUGUGGUGGACGUAACGGGACAGGCACACUGGCAGCAAAAACAAUUCCGAAAACGGUUUGCCCUCGACUCCUGGAGGGGCUGGUGGCGCCGCUUUUCGCGCCCGGAGAUGCACCUGAUGAUGCGAUGCGAAAAGUGGGCUGACCGGGUGAACAUUCGCGCCAUCUUGGCAGUCGAGGAAAAAGACGUGGACCAGAUUCGAAACGCCGUCCGGGCUGCGAUUCGCUUGGUGGCGAACAGUAAGAAAGCACCGAUGUCCAGCAGUGGCGGAACCAGCACCAGCAGCGCCGCAGGUUGCCCAUUUUCCGGUUUGGGCGAGGAGUCAUCGUUUUCGGCGCAUCAAGAAAAAACCGCAAGGGAAGCUGUAGCAGGAAGCCAGCAGCUUUUCGACUCAUCAGAGGAACGGAAACAGUCGGCGUGGUCUCAAUCUUUUGUACAAGAGGACUCUGUCUCUGACCCGUUGAAGCUGGUCGUAAUGACGCUCGCGGAGGCCGACAAAGAUCUCAAACUAUUUGAGAACCGUGACAAGACGAAGGAGUGGAUUCCGGCUGAUCUGCUCGCAGAGUGGUACAAUCGAAACGCCAUUGAUUUUGUCGCCGAAGUGUAAGUAGUGCGCAGAACAACAAACCGCAUUAGCACAAGACAGAGCAACAAGCAGAAGCACGAAGAUAGCUGCAUCCGCCUGGGGGGUUAAUGCUUCAACCCAAGGACGGAC